CUUAUCAACAUUCACGCAUUGCAAGUUGUCAAGUGAGCACGAGUGCAUGCGUCCACGUCCUCUUGCUGUCCAGGAGUGGAAGAAAAACUGAUUCAUCUCUUUGCUAUGUGACAAGGGAUAUUCCGAGCACGGAGAUUUGUUGCCAACCAGUCAGCAUGGAGAAGACACCGCCAGUGGAGUCGCCCCUGAAGGCGUUGCUCAACAGUCCGUCGCCCAGGCCUCUCACCAACAACUUCGUCUACCCAAAGCUCCAAAAUCCUCAUAGUACAAUUGUUCCGGCAGUGCCUGCAGUUCCCGUCGGACCGAAAGAUGCCGUGAAUUCUAUAAAAAUGCAAAACGUUGUAUGUACCGUAAAUCUCGGCUGUGACCUGGAUCUACAAAACAUCAACUUCCGCACUCGUAAUUCCGAAUACACGCCAUCCCGUUUCCAUGGUGUCGUUAUGCGAAUACGUGAACCCCGUUGUACGGCGCUCAUAUUUCGAACCGGCAAAGUGAUUUGCACGGGUGCCCGUAACGAAAUCGAUGCACUGCUUGCCGCCCGGAAAUUCGCCCGGAUCAUCCAGAAGCUAGGAAACAACGUCAAGUUCCUCGAGUAUAAAGUACAAAAUGUUGUGGCCACAGUUGAUCUGCGCUUUCCCAUUCGACUAGAAAAUCUGAAUCAUGUCCACGGUCAGUUCAGUUCGUAUGAGCCGGAAUUGUUUCCGGGACUGAUAUAUCGGAUGGUCAAGCCACGGGUGGUGCUGCUAAUUUUUGUCAAUGGCAAAAUUGUAUUCACGGGGUCGAAAUCUAGGAGGGAGAUUGAAGAGUGUCUGGAAGCAAUAUAUCCGAUAUUGCAGAGUUUCCGGAAGAAUUAGUUUUGAAUUGCUUUUAAUAAUGCGUUGAUUUAACGUUAUUCCGUGAUAAGUUACUCAAUUAUAACUUUAAUUUGAAAAUAAGCUACUUUUUAUAAUUUGUAUUUAUUGUGUAUUGUAAAAACAUGAGUACGUAAUUAUACACUUUCGUAUGGAUUGAGA